AUGGCUACUUCACAUUCUCCCACUUCUCUCCUUUACAUUUACUUGGCCUUUUCACUAAGUUUCACUUCUCUUGCGUCGACUCAACUCUCUUUGUCAUCCAUUGCUUCUGACCAGAUCAAGUUCUGGUCGGAAAAUGUGGCCAACAAAAUGCCAGAAUCUAUCUUCAACAAACUAUCCCCGUUAACAACAAGGGAUCGUGAUUAUUACACUAAAAUGAUAUCCGAAAACAACUUCUCAGAAAAUCCCAACUUUUGCUCCCUUGCUAAACUCUCUUGUUCAUCCGAAUUUGACGAUUUCAAGGCAGUAAAACAAGCAUAUGCUGUGACUAAAGUGUAUAAUAACAAUGGUGCAUUACCUUUUCAAUCCAAUAAGGUAGACAAAUUUUCUUACUUCAGGCUCUCAAUCCUUAGAGAAGGAAGUAUGUUACAUCUCUCAGAUUUAGAAGAAAAGAUUCCGAAUCGAUCAUUUCUCCCUCAAGAAUUAGCAUCAAAGAUUUCUAUCAGCAGAAAAGACAUCAGAAAAUUAUUUCCCAAGUCCUAUGCACUGUCAAAAAAUUCCAUGGAAACAACCCUUUCGUAUUGUAAUGCAGAAGCUAUAAAGGGAGAAAUCAAGAUUUGCCCAAAAUCCCUUGAAGAAAUGAUUCGUUUCUCAAAACUUGCAUUAGGCAAAACCAAGUUACUCGCACUUGCUUCACAAAGCACAAGAACAGGUGAUUUACUGAUAAAAAACAUCAAGAGAUUUGAUAGGCAGAAAAUAGUGGCCUGCCAUGAAGUUUAUCUUCCCUUUACGGCCUAUUUCUGCCAUUCAAUCUCUUCGUCUCGAAUAUAUGCUGUAGACUUGGUUGAACACGAUACUCGACUCCCUGUUAGCACUGUGAUUGCGAUAUGUCACAUGAAUACCUCGGCAUGGCCUAAGAAUCAUGUAGCUUUUAAGAUACUGAAAUUCUCCCCUGGAGAAGGCGAGGCAUGUCACUGGAUGUCGAACAUUGAUCUUGCAUGGAUUGCGGAUGAUUAG